CCGUGUGGGAGGAGGUUGUGGAGGGAGACCGGUCCGCGGCCGGUAGGACGGAGGGGCCUGAGCUGGAGGAGCGGGUGUCCGAGCCCCACCGUGUGCGGAGACUCCGCCCGAGCCCUGGGUCCCGCCAGGCCGAACGGGAGAUGCUAAAAGGAUUGCUAAUUAUACAUGAUUGGUGACAUCGCAGAAACUAAACCAUGCCAACCAAAAGUUCCCAUGGAUCUGUUUCAUUCUGGGCAAGUUGUAAAAAUUUGUGCCCCUAUGGUGCGCUAUUCAAAGUUGGCUUUCAGAACUUUGGUUAGAAAAUACAAAUGUGAUUUGUGUUACACACCAAUGAUAGUCGCAGCUGAUUUUGUGAGAUCUGCAAAAGCUAGAGACAGUGAGUUCACAACAAACAAAGGUGAUCAUCCACUGAUCGUUCAGUUUGCUGCUAAAGAAGCGCAGGUUUUGUGUGAUGCUGCCCGUAUCAUCGCUCCUUUUGCGGAUGGAAUCGACCUAAACUGUGGCUGUCCACAGAGAUGGGCAAUGGCAGAAGGUUAUGGUGCUUGCUUGAUAAAUAAACCAGAGCUCAUUCAAGAUAUGGUGAGACAUGUACGGAAUCAGAUCGAUAACCCUAGAUUUUCAGUAUCUGUUAAAAUAAGGAUCCAUGAGGACUUAAAAAGAACAGUUGACCUGUGUCAAAAAGCUGAAGCAACUGGAGUUUCAUGGAUUACAGUACACGGGAGAAGCGUAGAAGAAAGACAUCAGCCUGUACAUUACGAUGCAAUUAAAAUAAUUAAACAAAGCUUGUCUAUACCUGUUGUGGCCAAUGGAGACAUUAAAACUUUAAAAGAUGCUGAAAAUGUACAUGACUUGACAGGAGCAGAUGGUGUGAUGGUGGCUAGAGGACUCUUAGCAAAUCCGGCUAUGUUUGCAGGAUACGAAGAGACACCUUUGAAGUGCAUCCAGGACUGGGUGGACAUUGCUCUUGAGCAUGGAACUCCUUUUACCUGUUUUCACCACCACUUAAUGUACAUGAUGGAACGCAUAACAUCAAAACAAGAAAAAAAAGUUUUUAAUAUUUUAUCAAGUACCUCAGCAGUACUAGAUUAUCUGAAUGACCGUUAUGGUGUGUGAUAACAAGAAGUAUUUUAUUUCUGUGUAAACUUGUAUUUUCCAAUUGGUGAUAUAUUGUUAAAGUUUUAUUUGGGUUCCUAAUACUCACAUUAAUAUAUUGUACAAGUAUUUUCAACACAACAUGAUGAUCAGGGUGAUAUUUUAUAUUUUUUAUAUUUUUAUGUCAGCUUUUUCACUCUAGAAAAUAUUCCAGAUUCCAUAGAUGUGGAAUUCUGUUUACAAUGGACUACUACACAGAAGACUGAUUGUUGUAAGACAAUUCUUUUUUUUAUAUAUUUUUUUUUUUCAGACUAUUGCUUACAGAAACAUGUUUGCAAAACGAGGGGCUUCCUUGUGUGAAACCUCCUAAAAUCAGAAGGACUACUUAUAAAUAAUAUCAAGUAUUACCAACCAAAAGAAUGCAACUGGAGCAAUUACAGAAGUUUUUGCUUUAACUGACAUAAGCUGUACUUCUAAAUUUGCAUAGGCCUUGAAGCCUGUCAUAGUAUCCUCUUUUAAAUUAGAAGUUCCUUUUGCAGACUAAAACUUUCUAGACUUACUACUCGGAAAAAUUCCAUACUUCAUGUAGCAAAACAAUGACAGAAAGGAGCAAAGAAUGAAAUGAAGUGAUAGUUUAAAUUAAGUACAAACAGCUGAAUCUAAAAUAGAAGACUUGAAAGUUCAAUCUAACUAAAUUCAGUUUUGUUUAUCUACUGCAUAAUAAUUAUGUAAAAAAUCCCUGUGAUCUACCAAAACAGAACUUUAUAGGUCAGAGAAGAGCUGACAGAUUCUCUCAGUGGGGCUCUUGCAGUCCUUUCUGCCUCCUGGCAUUUUGUUUAUCAAAGCAUGACAACUGCUUGGCUUUGAAUCUUUGUAUAGGAGGGAAAUAGUGAAAAUUAGAACAAGAUAAUAACACUACACACCAGCUGCAUUUGUUCUGCAAGCGAAAUUUCACAAAUCUGUGCAGUACAAUUAUUUGUAAUCAAAUAAUUUGGUUUAUGUGUUUACACAGAAAUUCACACCAGAAAUUGCUUUGUUUUCUGACACUGAUGCUUCUGUGACUAUACAAGUGAAUAGCUCUAAAUUUUCUAAAUAAAUUACUCAGUUUUGUAUACAGUUGUAUUUUUUUAAUAGACUGACUCCAUGGGGGAGGGAAGGUUGCCUUUGAUGCUACUCCCCAAAUUGUUUUUAAUCAUUAAUAUAUAUGGAUUCUCACAAUUCUUUUACUGCAAUGGCAUAAAAGAUGAGCAUUUUUCAGAGUGAACAUGUUCUGAUUUAAGCAUGCAAACAAAAGUUUGAAAGGCAUGACCUGAGCCAUCAAGUCUAGUUCACUCUUUAAGACAGUGAUUUGACAAGCAACUGUUAUUUGCUGUGAACUGUCCCAUUAGCCACAAGAAGCAGAGAAGAAGUAGUUAUUUAUUAUAAUCAAAUAACACAAACAUAAGUCAGGGGCAUGGGGUGCCUUGUAGUAGUGGGAAGAUGAUUUUUGGAGGACUUGAAAUAACCUUGACCUAUUUAGGAACUGAAUACUUUAUGAUUUUGAAGGCAGCAGUUGUUGUGCCUGUGUGAGAUCAAUCAUAGAGGUUUCUGCCUGCAGUACAAGACCUAGGUUGCUGUUAAUAUUGCUGGUAAUUACAGAGUGCUUGAUCUAACCAAUUACGCAUCAUAAAAGUUAAUGGAAAUUUAUCAUCCCUUUUUGAGGGUGAAAUGAAUUGUAUGCCUUCUUCCCUUGUGUAUUUUUCAUACAUCUGAAGACACUUCACUGUUAACAUAGAAUAAACUUCAAAACUGGGAUCUUAAAGCCAUACUGUGAACAGCUGUACUAUUCAAAUAUACAUAAAUUGCUAAAGGUGGGAGCUAGUUACUGCACUUCCAGUGUUGUUCUAAGCAUGUGGUCACAUUUCUCAUUAUAAGCCAUUUGAAUAUGGGAAAUUUCUCAUCUUCAGUUUAAAGCCACUACGUACAUUCCUUCCCUGUAUGUUCUUUGUAACAUCACCAGGCAUGCAGUCUUUCUGUUUUCUAAUUUUUGAAUUUUUAAAAGUUAUUCUGCAAGUAAUGUAAGAUACAAAGCUUUGUCUCCUAUUUCAGGUCCUUUGCCUCCUGUAACUGAUCCAGACAUUUACAUGAAGCCACCCUGUACAACAGUGCUAUAGUCUCCUAAUAGGUGUACUUUCUUGCAACUUUGACCCUGCUGCAUUAAUCUAAACUGCACUCUGUACUCCCAUUUUCUCUAUUAUCAUAGAGCCAUAGAAUGUCCUGAGUUGAAAGAGACCCACAAAGAUCAUCAAGUCAAACUCAUGUCCUUGCCAUUCCCUACUGCUGUUUCUCAGGUCUCUUCUCUGUUAUGGGUUGAUAGUUAGGCAAAUGCAGUGUGUGAUGAUGAAACAGCUGUCAUACAAGCCAAGGUAGAAUAGAACAAGUUUAAACUUUCUCUUUGCCUGCCUUUCAGCAGAGAAUUAGUCAAAUUUCUGUCCUCUGACUAGCUGCUAAUACACAGGCAUUUCUUUUUUCUGUUUCUGAAUACUUCGUUGUCGUUGUUGGGAUGAACACAACAUCCUGAAGUUUGUGAGCAAAAAGCCAAACUUUAUUGUUUUACAAGUCUCUUUAUACUUUUUCUUAUCUAUCAGGCUGCGUUCACACACUAAAACUAUUAAAGUGAUUCGCUCAACUGCUCUGACCAAGUGCCUAAAGCUUUACUCUCAUUUGUUCAUCUGUAUCUACUAUUUUUCUUUUCAGUUCCUGUUAGAUGCUGCUUGUUUCAUUUCCUUUCUUCUUCGGGACAGUUUCGAUUCCUGUUAGAUGUUGCUUGUUUCAUUUCCUUCUCUAAGACUUUCCAGCCUCUUCAUGGGUACACCGUUACCUGUUCAAGGUCAAUUUCUUCUUGUUCUGUCAAGGGAUGCACGGGCCCGCCGUAGUUUCCCACACUUUGUCACCUUGCUGGUGGGAGAGGAAGGUGUUUCUUUUAACUGUAAUGUUUCAAGGUUAGCAAGUUUUUUUCCUAAAGCAGCCUGGCAUAAUAUAUAUUGUAUGGCGUCCUACUUAUCACACUGUGGCUCACUGUAAGGCAGGCAGGCUUAGAUCAACAACACAGAACUCUAUAACUUCAGUUAGAAUAUCUCCCAGGAGUGGCAGUGUGCAGUCAACAGGAGAAGGGCGGUCUCACAGAUAUUUGCAGGAGGCUUCUCUCUAUCCCUCAGAUCUCAUUGCAGGUUGUUAGGGAAGAUGCAGCAGCUGCAGUGUAAGUGCACAGCAGUCACUGCAGAGCAACUCUUGAGAUCUUAAUGAAACCCCUGAAGUGAAAAGGCAGACUCAGAGGAUAGGCAGCAGGGAUAGGCAAAUACGGUCCUAUCGAUAUAAGACUAGGCUAUUGGGGGGCCAGCUUACAGGACUAGUAAGAAGUGAGUAAGCAGCUCAGGAAACUGUUCUGGAAUUAAAGGAGAGAAAGUCUUUAAUAACGCUUUCACAGCUUCAAUAUAGUAUAAUUGCUGUAGGCUGAUAGCUAAAGUGUAAUAAACAAGACAUACUAAGAGGUUAUGCUCUGCAUAUGCUUCUGAUAAAGUAUGUUUAUGAAAACAUGUUAGAAAUCCUUCUUAAAACCCAGGCUGUUACCACUGUGUAGAGUGGAUUGAAAUAGCUGGUUGUAUUUACUCUCCAGUGUUUGUUAUGCAUAAACAAUUAUUUGGGAUGUAACCUUUCAUCUAGAUAUUGCUUGGCAGCAGCUAGGAAAAUGUUAACACACUGGCUGAAUCCCCAGGCCAGAGACCUGGGAAAUUCUAAGUGUAAACAAUUUCAAAUUGUGAUCAGCUGCAAACAACUCUGCUCAAAACUGCUUAUGCAAGAACUUCCUACCCCACUUCAAUUCCAAUGGAUUAGAGUAACAAAGAACUACUAUUCACAGCUUUUAGUCUGUCUCAUUUUGAUAGAAAUUAAUUGGGACAGAAUUCCCAAAAGCAGGUAGUUAUAGCAAGAGGGCUGGUGAUGCCCAGCUAGACAAGGUAACCUCUUCCACCAGCAGCAAGUUGGGGUCUUGUAGGGCUACAGGCAAGGCCAUAAGCUCCUGAGCAGGCCCUGGCCUGAAGUCACUGAACAGGGUGCGGAAAACCCCUGGAUAUGACAUAUGAAAUUGCUGGAUGUGGCAUACAAUUGUGUGAGAAGCUGGCAAAAAGACACAGACAGCGCUGAGAGGAAUGGCUGGAUUUUCCCAGUGGUUAAGGGGGAGUUACAUGAAAAACAACUACAUGGGUAACUGGAGAGCAGUUUUGGGGGCCAUUUGGGACUAGAAACUUGCAGGGCCAAGAGUGUCCGAUAGCUGUAUCAGUACCUCGUUAAUACUUCAUGAGGCAAAGAUUACCCAAGCAACAGUAUUGGAAAUACUGAAAACAACAGGAAAGACUGCUCAGGGAGGGUGGUGCAGAGGCAGUGAAGGGUAGUUACAAGGUUGGCAAGAGAUACUCAAGAAAUGGGAGAACAGGUACCAAAGUAUGAAAAUUAUGAGCUUGGAACAUCAUUAUGCUGAUAAAACUCACUGUAGUUAGCAGGGUUAGUAAGACAGAACAGGUUUUGCUGGAAGAAUAUUGUUUGUUCAUGAGAUCCGAACAGGCCUGUUUGACAGUGUUCAAGACUGCUUGUGGUUUGGUUGUUAUUGGUGGUGUCUUUAUGAAAUGCUGGACCUAUUUUCCUUGAGAAAAUGUGUUUAUAGUGUCUUAAUAUAUUGAGGAAUGCAUUGGGUCGGGGAUGGGGCCCUGAGUAAAUUUGCACCUACCCUCAGGCUCGGCUCUUCAGCUGCCCCACACAAACCCCUCAGCAACUGUUGUCUGUGCCCCCAGCCAGAGCCCGGAAUGGCAGCCAAGGAUGGCUUUUGGGAGCGGGGAGGAUGGUGGGGACCCUUCAGAAUCACAGAACGCUGGGCUGAAAGGGACCUCAGGGAUCAACUGGUCCAACCUUUUGCUAAUAUAUAGUUUAAAUGAGAUGGCCCAGAACCCUGUCAAGAUGAGCCUUAAAAGUGUCCAGUGUAGAGGAAUCCACCACGUCCCUGGGGAGAUUAUUCCGAUGUUUAACUGUUCUCACGAUGAAAAAUAUUAUUUUGGAAUCCAAUCAGAAUCUCCCCAGGAGCAACUUAAACCCAUUACCCCUUGUCUUUUCCAUGUGACUACUUGUAAAAAGGGAGCCUCCUGAAGGGACUGUCAUUUCCCUUUGGUCCUGCUCGCAACUCUUCCCAGCUGGGACAAAAGACACUGAUGCCUCCUCUCCUCCAAAAAGUGGAUUAUUUUUUUAUUUAAUCUAAAGUAAAGUUUCCUCUAAGUAACUGUAUUUUUGAAAGUUAGACAGAAUGUUCCUCUGACAGCAUGUUUUCUUUCAAACAGCAUUUAUCCAGACAUUGUUCAUUCUUUGGAGAUGACAGCGUCUUGUGUGAAGUAUGAUCCAUGCUGAACAGCUGUCUCUUCUGUAAUCACCUCUGUUUGCACUGUUUCCCUUUCUCAAAUGCAAGGUCAGGCAGAGCUGGAACCAGCUUUGAAUUAGCAAGAGUUUUGAUUUGUGAGGAUUAUAAUAGUAUUAAAAUUAGUCCUUGGAAAGUGAUAGAAUAUACAUAAAAUUUCUGGGAAAAUUUACAGAAUCAUGGAAUGGUUUGGGUUGGAAGGGACCAUAAAGAUCAUCCAGUUCCAACCCCCUGCCACGGGCAGAGACACUUCCCACUAGAUCAGGCUGCCCAAGGCCCCAUCCAACCUGGCCUUGAACACCUCUAGGGAUGGGGCAGCCACAACUUCACCCUCAUAGUGAAGAAUUUCUUCCUUACGUCUAGUCUAAAUCUUCCCCCCUCCAAUUUAAAGCCAUUAAUCUUCUCCAGUUUAAAGCCAUUAUACUGAAGGAAGGAAUAAAUUAUUAUGUUAAGGGAAUGAAUUAGCUUAAACAAUAAUAAGAAUAAUGGGAAUAAUAAGAAUCAGGUCUUGGCCAGCUUGUAGUUAGAAAGAAUGUGAUUGUAACAAGAGUUUAGCCUGUUUACUAGUUGAAACAAGGAACAAAUCAAGUAUUAAAAGGACAGUCCCACAGCAAGAACAAAGGAUAGACCUGAGGCCCCAAGAGGACACAAUGAGGAAGGAGAUAAGAGACUAACAGAGGCUUCUGAAGACACAAAGAAACUGUGAUGUGUGUACAAAAGUGAGUGAUAAACUAGGAAAAAUAAUGGACAUGUAACAGGUUUCCGGGAAUCUAUAUGGAUAUGUAUGUUUAACCAGUAUUUCCUAGAAUCUAUACAAAUAUGUGUGUUUAACCAGUAUAAAAGUAUGUAACCAGUCUGAAGAUUUGGACACAUUAGGUGGGUUACCCCACGUGUACCCCGGCGCCAUUUAUUAAAGGAAUACUUGGUUAAUAAUCAAACUGGUAUU